AUGUUAAGGAAUACGAGGCUCUUGACAAGAACUAUAAGUUCUUCGUUACGCUUUGCUGCAACAAAAAAUACUAGAUUGCCAACCCAACAUAAGUUUUAUUCGAAGAAGACAGAUAAAAAGGCGGAAGAACCACAAUCCAUCUUGACGGAUGACUUAUUAGCUAAGGCAGGUUUUGAAGACCCUAAUGAACCAAAGGAAAAGUCUGAACAACAGGAAUCAGAAAACGGCGAACCAAGCGAAGAAGAGAAAUCAAAUGGACAAGAACAAAGGUCAAGAAGAAAGAGAAGAGCACAGACUUCUAAAGAUAUACAACGUGAAAGAUAUGCCAAUAUGUUCUACCUUGCCACAUUAGUCGGGGGAAUUGCUGGUGUAGGAUAUAUGUGUCGUGAUUGGGACUCAGAAGACGAACAAACCAAGCUUGAAGGUAAGGAUAUCGAUAACGGAUUUGCACCAAACUUGAUGUAUGGUAGACUUAAUAAGAGAUUAGGAUCAUUAUUCACAUUCUUCUCCGAACCAGUAUUUGAAAAUUUGUUACCACCACCAGCCCCAGAGGCGUACCGUCGUCCAUUAACCUUAGUCGUGACCUUAGAUGACCUUUUGAUUCACUCCGACUGGGACACCAAACAUGGAUGGAGAACUGGUAAGAGACCCGGUUUAGACUACUUUUUGGGUUACUUAUCCCAAUACUAUGAAAUUGUUAUUUUUGGCUCAAACUACCAAAUGUAUUCCGAAAAUACCGUUGGUAAGUUAGAUCCAUUCCAUGCUUAUGUUUCGUAUGCGUUAUUCAGAGAAGCCUGUCGUUACAAGGACGGUAAGUUAGUCAAAGAUUUAUCGUUAUUGAACCGUGACUUAGGUAAGACAGUCCUAAUCGACGUCGAGGAAGAUUCGUGGUCGAUGCAACCAGAUAACGCAAUCCCAAUGAAGCCAUGGGACGGUUCGUACGAUGACACAUUAGUCAAAUUAAUCCCAUUCUUGGAAUACUUGGCCACCCAACCAGUUAAGGAUGUCAGACCAAUCUUGAACUCGUUCAAAGACAAAUCCAACAUUGUGCAAGAAUUCGCCGAAAGAGAAGCCAAGUUGAGAGAACAAUGGAAAAAGGACAACAAACAUUUGUUUGACAGCGCUAAUAGACCAAAUGCCGGUAACUUCUUAGCCUCCUUGAUGGGUGUCCCAACUUCCAGUGUCAACAAGGAGCCUAAGAUGCCUUUGGACAUCAUCAGAGAACAUGGUCAAUUACAAUACGAACAUUUCCAGAAAUACUUGAAAGAAAAUGCUCCAAAAUUCUUGGAAGAAGAACAGAAAUUGAAGGAUGAAUUCGGAAAAGUCAGUUUGAACAAAUUGAUAACUGAAGGUGCUCCAUCUGCUGAUGAUAUUGCCAAGGUUCAAGCCGAAAGAGCUGCAGCCCAACAACAAUAA